CCAAACACACCAACACUACUAACUGGGACAGCUGCAACAUCCGUCUUCUUGACGGAUUCACCCCGAAUAACCCUCCAGUGACCUCAUCCAUCACAAGAAACUAUAUUAUCCUCGAAGUCUGCGAAACCGAGCCAUGGACUAAUCCAUUGUUGCAUCAUCAUCUUCACACCAUUCUUGCUUCCAACGCUAGCAACAAAACUUGAGAUCUUCGCAGCAAUGGACGAGGUCAGCCCCAUUGCCGAGCUCCUGGGCCAGGCAAUCUACCAAUUUACACAGAUCAAACCUUUGUUACCAACCUACGGACAUCUGCUUGUCUCUGCGCUCUUUCCCAUCUACAUCGGCGCCCAUGCAUCCCUGUCAAGACCGUCUUCGGCCGCGAAACCUGAGAAAUCGGAGGAAGAUGGAGACGAGUCAGAAGAGGAAGCUGGUGGUAUUCAGAAAAUGGAGGGUCUUGCACCAAGUGAUGCAUUGAUGUUUCCACUAACAGCUGGUUUAACCCUCGGGGGCUUGUAUCUGGUCAUUAAGCACAUGGGCGCUGAUCUGCUGAAUAAGAUUCUUGGCUACUAUUUCUCCCAGAUGGGUAUGCUCUUUGCUAUCGCCUUCCUGAAAGACUCUUUUGCUGUCGCGCGGUCAUUCGUCUUCCCCCGCGAGUACAGCAGCUCUGGCAAGAUUUGGAAGCGGAGAUCCACCCAACGUGUUUUUGAAAGCGCUUCCGAAGGUGUCUCUAGAUCGGAGUCUUCGGAGGUGGGAAUCCGGAACUCUCCCCUUCCUGGGUUCUGGGGGUCAAUCCCAUUGCCGCAUACUGCUCGUGCAGCACUCUGGACUUGCCGUGAAAUAGUAUAUUGGCGCGCUAAGCUUAGAAUCCAUAUACAUCGUGUUCUCCGCACUGAAUGCUGGCUUAGUAUCUUGGACAUUAUCAGCAUAGCUGUAUCAUUCCCUACAAUUGGUUACUUCACUUUUGUGUCCAAACCAUGGUGGUUGACCAACUUCCUGGGAUUCAGUUUCUGCUAUGGCACCCUGCAAUUUAUGUCGCCGUCUACUUUCAUCACCGGAUCGCUGAUCCUGGGAUCUUUGUUCUUCUAUGACAUCUAUUUUGUCUAUUUCACCCCACUGAUGGUGACGGUUGCAAAGACCUUAGACGUCCCAAUCAAGCUCCUGUUUCCGCGCCCUGCAGCGCCUGGGGAGGCACCUGAUACUAUCUCUCUUGCUAUGCUGGGACUGGGUGACAUCAUCAUUCCCGGUAUGAUGGUAGGCCUGGCACUCCGGUUCGAUCUUUAUCUCUACUACAAGCGCAAGGGCCAGCAAAAGGCGCGAGCAGAGGGCAAGGACUCAGAAAUAGUCAAGCCUGUAUAUCAGUCCGCGCUGGGAGGAUGGGGAGAACGGUUUUGGACCCGUUCAGUGGUACCAAGCAAGCCGCAGCUGGACCCUCCCUACCACAACGCCCGAUCUUUCCCCAAGCCUUAUUUCACCGCCAGUCUCAUUGGAUAUGUCAUGGGUAUGCUUGCGACUCUGAUCGUAAUGCAGGUGUUUGACCAUCCCCAGCCUGCGCUCCUGUACCUUGUACCUGGGGUCCUGAUCUCUCUGUGGGGAACCGCAUUGGUGAGAAAGGAGAUCCAAGAGAUGUGGGAGUUUAGCGAUGCGGAAGAAGACGAGGAACAGGAGCCCACAGAUGAUAAGCAAGCAAAGGAUUCGGUCGAGACUGGCGGGCAAGCAUCUCUUUUCUCCCGGAUAUUUUCCAAAUCUCAUGAUGCCGCGUCGAAUAAUGCUUCCAAGGAAGCUGCAGAGAGACAGGCGUCGGAGGAAUCCGCCAAAGACGAGGAUGAUACCACAAAGAACCUCGAGUUAUUCACCAUUUCCUUGUACUAUCCUCGGAAGCAACAGCAACAGUCCGACAAGACUCAGAAGCCCACAGAGCGUGUUUCGUCCCCGGAGGACGAUGAAAAUUGGGCCAUUGUUGGUGCUGACCGGGAUGCUGAACCGCCCACGAAGCGCCUGCGUCGGAGUCCCAGACAUGCAGCCGACCAGAAAUAAGAAGCUGCGCAGCCACUACCAAAUCAUGAUCUCAAUAACGCUAUAGUGAAAAUUGACCGUUAGA